ACCUGGCGUGCUGUCGUCGCUCUCGGGCCCUCCGGGCUGCGCGGCUCCCCUGUGCCUUGGGCUGCUAGGCUGGUCUGAGCCCUAGGCCGUCUGCACGGGUACCUCGGUGCACGCAUGGACCUGCCCGCGCCCGGCGGGAAGCGGCCAGGCUGGCGGUGGCCCGGGAGGCGGGGCAGGGCCGAGGCAGCGGGCCCCUGAGCGCGCGCCCUGCAGGCCCGGCUGCAGCAGCAUGAUGCCUGGCGAGACGCACCCGGCGGCGCCCGGGCCAGCCGACCUCGCGCGGUGUCAGGGCUGCGCCUCCCUGCAGCAGAACUUAAAUGAAUAUGUUGAAGCAUUAAUUGCCUUGAAACAAAAAAUUAUAAAUACAGAUAACUUGCUGACGGAGUAUCAGAAGAAAUGUGAUGAGCUGCAGUUUGCGAGAAGAGAGAACAGCACACUGCAUCACCAAGUGGAGCAGAUGCUUCAGAAAAUCUCCCCUCUGCAGAAGUGCCAAGAAGAACUGGGAUCCUUAAAAGCUGAGCUAGAGGAGAAAAAGAGUUCUCUCAAGCUGUAUCAGAACACUCACCAAGAAUAUGCUCGUGUGAAAGAAGAAUGCUUGAAAAGUGAUGCCCAGAAGAAGAAACUAGAAGCUAAGGUGAAGAAGCUGGAAGAGGCUGCUGUCAAGCAAACUCAGGACUUCAAGCAAUUGAGAAAUGAAAAGAAAAUACUUGAAAAGGAGUUUAAGAAGACACAGGAAAGGCUUGAUGAAUUUUCCAAACAGAAAAAUGAGAGGGAGUUGAGACACAUUGGAACACAGAUCUCAAGUGACUCGCACGGAAGCAUAGAUAAAAGGAAAGUAAAAGUUCUCUUGAAAGAGCUGUGGCUCUGUGUCAACACUGCACACAGGCUGUCCGGGGAGAGCGGCAGGCGCAUUCCAGCUGCCAAAGGAAACCGUGCAUCCAGAGCCUCCGGGGAAGAUGAGCUACUCCAAGUGCAUGACAGUCCUUCCGGGACAGCAGACAUGCAUUCUUUCUUCACCAAGCUGUCCAUGGAGAUGGAGGGCGACUUUACUUCCUCUGACAGUGCAGAAGAUGAGCAGCCCAGAGGAGCAAGCCCCAGCACUGAGCACACUUUUCCUGAGGAGCAGCAUCCUGAAGUUUCAGUGCAGAGGCCUGGAGAUGGCAGCAGAACCAACAUCCAUGACCAUGAACACCUUUUUGAUGAUGACCUUCAAGCUGCAAUUGAUUUCUUCAAACUCCCCCCUCCUCUUCUCUCCCCGGUGCCCUCUCCUCCUCCAAGGGCGUCGCCACACCCAGGCUCUUUUCCUUCCUCCCUGGCACCUGAGUCCUCCUUUGGAGAGUUCACGGAUUCCAGCGACAGUGACUCUGCCCCACUUGGAAACUCUGUGGAGUUGGCGUCAGAAGACUACACAGAGGAGUCACAGGGUUAUGUGGGUUUGCUUGAAAGAAUCAAAAGGAAUGAUGCAUGCAUGGAAAAGCCCAGGUCACCAGAAGCUGCCCAUGCUGUAAACACACGGACACGUGUUGGGUCUGAUCCUGGAAGAGCAGCACUGGGAGAGCUGCCAGCCACGUCAUCUCUGGCUCAGGGAAGGCAGUGGAUAAGACCUUCGGGGUUCCUGAGGAAUAGAGGAGACUCUGUCGAAGAGGCAGAAAGAAAGGCGCAGGUCAGGGAGAUGGAUAAGUCUGUGCAAGUUGGGAAAGGGCUUCUUAAGCAUAAUAGGAGACUGUGGCCAGCUCGGAACAAGGAAGUUGGAACUGGGGAAUCAGAUGUUUGUUAUCCUCCCCUUGGCAAGAGGACGUUCAAUGAGCUCAUAGAAUCUGAAGGAAACACCCCAUCUCCAAAAGCGUUGUGCUCUCCACAGUCAGAAUUCUCUAGAUGGACAUUCACUGAUGAAUUUGCUUCCAAGUCACACCAUGUGACGGGUCCAGACCGUUUUCAGAGAAAGGAAAGAGAUGUGCCAGAGUGCACUCUAGAGUCAGGCACGUGCACAGCUGCAGCAGGGCACGACCGUCCAGCCAGUCUUCCCUCCUCCUCCUCUGCUACCUCCGUACCUGUGUCUCUGUACAGUAACCGCCAGGCCUCUUGGUUAGGCGGUGUCAGUGCGACUACGCCAGCAGAAGUAACCUGCACAGACCUGCAGCGUUCAGAACAAAAGUCACCAGCCAGGACAUUAAACACAUUUCUCCUGCAGUCUGAGCCAGCAACGUGUUUUCUAAAAGAAAGUGACCAAGAACACAGCUUGUCUGCUUUGAGUUCCAAGUCAAAAUUAGGAACAUCUACCUUCAGUGGUUGGAAGAACAGGGGCCUAGAACCUUUCAGUGCUUCAAAAAGCACGGUGAAUGCAUACUCUCUUCCCCAGUCAGUAUUUCAGAAGCCAACAAAAGAGGGACAGUGUGAAGGCCGAGGUCCAGGCAUUGCGCUCACACUGCCUAAGUCAGACUGGACAUCAUUAGCACAUUCUCAGGCUGGCUUCUCCAGAAGGAGCCCUGCUUCUGCUGACAGUAUCUCUUGGCACCGCAGUGAUGUCCUAAAGCGAGGUAGUGGGGUCAGCCCUAGAGCUACCUCAGAACACCAACAAAGGACCAGGCUGCAGCCGGAGAAGGCAGCACCAGCCUCACAGAACAGCAGACUGACUGCCAUGCUUGGACACCCUGGAGAAAGAACUAUUCCUCUGCAGUUCAAGGCAGCUGCUGCUUUGCUGCCGAACCAAGUGUCAGUCAUAACAAAGCAGGCAAGACCCGAGAGGAUGCAGAAUAGCAGCCUGGAGCACUGGCAGCCACGUGGGAACACACCGAGCCCUGCUACAGACAGUAGCGAGGAGAGAGGUCCUACGCCAUCGGUACAAGAGUGUGCCCGAGACAGGGACCCCACAGCACAGGGCCCUGAGAGGAUCACUGAUGAGGAAAGCCCUUCUCCAGAACUUCCUGUGUCUUGGCGAAAACCAAAUUGUGAUUCUCCAAGUGGCUCCUUGCCAGCGGAGAAGCUUGGUUGUUCCAGAGAUCCUAAGUUAGCUUUCUCCUCUGAAGACGACCUCUUUCAGAGCCAGCGUGUCAUGAAUGAACCAGUGCUGCAGAAGCCCAGGAAGUCUCCCCAAACCACACAGUCAGGUGCCAGUAGGCUGGAGGCUAGGGAGCUCCUUCCAUCUGGAGUGACAUCCAGAGACUGUCCUGCUGCACAUAUGCCCCAUGGAGCCCGUCACCAGGCAAUCACUGAGGCCCCUGUAGUUGUGAGAGAGUCUCAUGGUGCUCCACAGAAUGCCAGUGCACCUCCCACAGUGCCAAGCAGGGGUCAUCUGAGGACUUGUGUGCCCACAGGCCCUGUUUGUGCUUCAGUCCUUGGCAAGGCAGAUGAGGAGAGGCGAGUUACCUCCCUAAGUAGUCUCCCUGGGCCUUCCUACUCCUACACAGGCAUUAGAGAGAAGGGAGAGGAGGACACUGAAGUGGAGGAGGAGGCUGUUAGUUGCAGUGAGGGAGAGCAUGAGGCUGAGAGCACGAUGGGGCACAGACAGCAGGGUGCAGCAGCAGGACCCUCACAGAGACAUUCAGGAGACCCUGAGGCUGUGGUGGGUGGGGCAGGGCUCACCUCAGAUGUAGGCGAUCUGACCUCCGCACUGCAAGAGUGUAACUUGAGCACCUUUCCAUACAUAGACAAGCGUGCUACCUCAGAGGUGGUUUCAUUUCUGGAAAGUUGUCAGCUAAGGGACAGCAGGUCAAGGGCUUCUGUUUCAGAAUGUUCUAGCAAAGGAGCCCUAAAUGAAGAAAUGAACAAAGAGGUAAAACAAAAUGAAAUCUCCAGAAAGAAUUGUGGGAAGAGGUUCCGUGAAGAAGAAGCACUCAGAGCCUCGGACGAGUGGGUUGAGUCAGAGGGCAGCAACUGUUGUGUUAGGAAUGUACACUACCGUGUUCAGUGUCCUCUGGAAAUGCCAUCUGAUCUUCUCACCAAGACUGGGGAAGAAACUCAUGCCAACCCUGGGGACUGCGGUGGGAAGGAUGCUGAGCAUCUGUUGCUUGUAAAUACGCAUCACAGCCAGGCAGCUGAAAACCUGACAGAAAGCACUCCGCCUGAGGAAACAUCCAGCCCCACAUCUCACACUGCUGAACUGCCUGAACCAGCAGCUGUGGAUGCUGGAGACAGCCCCCCACAGAGUAGCAGCUCUGACCCUGAGCACAUUCAGAGUAGAUGUGAGGAUGAGACCAACUCUGAGGGGUGCCUCUGCACUUCGGAAGAGGGACUGACAGAACCUGGGGAGCUGUUGGCCCUGAGCUCUGACUCUCCAGUCCCACUAGGGACAGAGCAGAGUGCUGACUUUGUGGCAGAGACAGCAUUUCACUGUCAGAUCUCUGCAGUGACCUCCGAAGUUAUAAGUGUACUUAUAAGUAAGGAUCAAGACCUCGUGAUCGAAAAGGGGGACAGCUGGACUAUCAUCAGUGGCACUGCCAUCUCCCCUAGCCUAGAACAAGUAGUUUUGGGUGACACUCUUGUGGAUGCUGCCGUUUCCCAGGAUCAGGGAGGCCUAGAGGAUGGGUAUGUGGAGAAGUCCCCCGAAGCCAGCCCUGCUGGCCCUCUACCUCAGGAGCCUGCAUGUAGUGGUGUUCUCUCUGGUGUCCAGGAGGAUGUUUCCAAUGGUGGGCAGAGUGCCAACUUUGAUAAGACUCGUCUUCGGAACAGACCUGUGAAACCCAGCAUCUGGGUUCGUUCUCAGAUGUACGACCAGACGCUUGAGACGGAGAAAGUUGCAUCUGAUCACACAUAUUAUAACUGGAAAUUAGAGCCACUUGGGAAAAAUAAGACUCGAUCAAAGACUUCCAACAAAGACCAGUCAGGCAAGCUAGCAAAGACACAAGGACUCAACAGAGGAGAAGUACAUCUGAAUGAAGUCUCUCAGCCAACAUCAGGGGAAACAGCAAAUACAAAAAUGCCAAGAAGCCAAGCUCAGCCCUCUGUGGCAGGAACAGAUAUGUCCACCCCCACCAACUGUUCUCCCGAUACUCUGAGCAAGAUCCGGCAAGAAGUGGGUCCUCCAUUGCCUCCCUUGCUCCUCCCACUAAUAGCCACACCUCCAAGGACAUCACGGCCACUGUCUCCUCUGAUAACAAGUUCUAGUCCAUCCUCACUGUCUUCACCUGCUGGCCACGUUUCCCCCUUGUGUGAAGUUCCAAGGCCUCCUGUGCUGUCUCCAUGGCCUGAGGAACCCCAACAGGCUUCCCCUCUGGACCCCUCUCCAUCCCCAUCGACUACAGCCACUAGUGGAAGGAUGGUGUCCUCUCCUUUGCAGUUCUGUGCUGCUACACCAAAGCAUGCACUUCCCGUGCCUGGCCGUCUGCCAUCCUGUGCCCCAGGCCAUGCUGCUGUAAGCGGGCCACAGGAGAAUUCAGUUAAAAUCCUUGACACCAUGUACCCAGAGUUAUCUGCUAGGGCCCGGACCCUCAGCCUCCUCAAAGGAAACAUGCAGCUGUCCCGAGGUUCCUCUGUGGAUGGAAAGGUGUUGCCAGGGCGUGUCAGUGCUCUCCUAGGACUCAAAGCUAUCACCUCAACAUCAACUGCUUUUGUCCUAACAGGGGGCAGUUCUGGUGGUGAGAGUAGCCAAGGUAAGUCACAAGACUCGGGUGCUCAGCAGGAUGCAGGUGGGAAAAGAACACUAGCAGCAUCCAUGCUGAGAAGUGCUAAAAGACUGCGCCUGGACAUUGAGUCCCCAGAGCCAGACACCAGUGAAGCUACAGUAGCGGGCAUUCCCGAGGACCCGCAAGAGGGAAUCCCAGCCGCUGACGUUGUCCCAGCUGCGGAAGAGCAAACUGAUGUCCGCGUCUGCAGUCCAGCAUCACAGCUGCACGUAAACCCAAGGGAGAUGGCAGAGUCAUAUAACAAAGCCAUAGCUCAGGCUCUGAGGAAGAUUGCGGAAUCCUCCUUUGACCUGCUACCUGUCAUUCGUAGUCACGUGUAUGUGGGAAAUAUCUCCAAAAAGCCUGUCAUGAGAGAUCAAGAGAAAGAAGUUGUUUAUGAAUUUAGCACAACAAACAAGCAUUUAGGAGAAUACUUACUUCGCUCUAUUCUCUCAGAGCUAAAGGUUCAGAAAGCAUCUCUGGACCACAGUUACGUCCAUGCCCUAUGCAGAGUUUAUGUGGGCAUGUGUCGGCAGCUUGGAGACCUGGAAAGGGCGCGCUUGUUCUGUUACAGCCUUCUGAAGGAAGAUUUUCCAGAAUCUGAGAAGUUGACUCUCUUCAUUGCGAACAUGUGGCGUGAAGUAUUUCUCUCCCAAUCAGCCAUUAGUCAAGCAAUGCAGCUGGUUGCCAGGCAGCGUGCCAGAGGGGAGGUUCUGAACUGCUUGAGAGCGUUCCUGAGCUGGGAGAAGAAUGCUUCUAUUGAUGUUGGGAUCGUCGUCUCUAAGCUACUUCUGACCAUACAGCUGUGCCCAAAAACAGAAUUUCAGUCAAGUGAAGAGUUUGGCGAGGACCUGAGUGCAAACAUCUGGGAAUACAUAUUUGCCAUUGACCUCCUGUGCUGUCACCAGAGGUGGAUUUGGACACAUGACAACAUCAUAAGCAAGGAGCUGUGGCCUGUGAUGGAUAAGUGGAUCAAAUACAGGAAAGGACAUUCCAACAUCGCAUACACCCCUGAUGUUAUUGUAGCGUCUGUGCUGAGACUGAUUGGUCGAUUAGGCCAGUUGGGUUUGAAGGAAGGAUUUCCAACUGCUGUGAAGAAUAUUAGCUCCGUUAUUGGCAUGUUCAUACAGCAUGCUCAGGAUGAAGAUAUCCCAUGGGGUGUACAGCUGGCAGCUGUGUAUGCCCUGUGUGACCUGAGUCCUAGCAAUCCAGCAGAGAUAUCCAAGAUCCUGGAAGCUUGGCGGACACAGACUUCCAACACCAUCCCUUCCGCAAUCGUCAGCUGUUUGGCAGAGGUUGGCUCCCUGAGUGCCGACGGCUCAGCUGCCACCACCCUGAAUGCUGGGGGCUCAGCUCCCUGAGAUGGGAGGGUCACCUGAAAGUCAUGGUCACUGCACAAAGAAGUGCCUUGACAUCUUUUGCUGUAAACGACUAGCCUGCCUUCAGCCGGAGUCCAACAGAGAAAGGCAUAAAGCAGGCGACACGGCAUAUUCCUUAUGGCUUGACAGGAGGCAAAGAGACAAGCGGUUGUGUUUCCCCUACAUCAUAUGCAUUUCAGUUAUGGCUGUGUGGUCACAUGACAUAGAUUGUAGUAGUGUAUCUUGGUCAAACAACAAAAACUUGAACUUAGCCCUUUUUUAUUUUUUGGCCGCAAAAAGUGUCCUUUUUAGUGGCUUUUAAAGGUUGAGUGGCUUUCUUGUAAUGAUCUUAAAAGUAAAAAGAAAAAAAAAAUUGGUCCUACAGCCAUCUUUGGAGUUUAUACUCAAAUAAAUGGCUAGGCAAAAGCAAGUUGGCUUUUAAAAUGAGAACUAAAUGAGUCUUUCACUGUCGUAGCUGAAAUGGCUGCAGAAGUUUUCCCAGAGAGUAACGAGUAGCUGUCAUAGUAGGACAGGCUGCUGGUGGAAGUGCACUGGAAUGCAUCUCCUCCCAUCUCUGAAUGUCCUGAACUAUAUCAGGAUUGGAACUGACAGUGCAAGACUCCCAGAUGGGCUGUAUAGAGAUGGCCAGUCUGAUGGAGCAGCAGAGCCCUGGGGGCUGUGUGCAUAGGGACAGCUCUGUGGGGUAUGUGCAUACAGACAGUGCUAUCUAUGAUGUGUCUCACAUUGGAUGAUAUUCCACUUUCGGAAUUUUUGUAUUUGUAUAUAGAAAUGGGUUUAAUAACUCACUGUGAUUCUGAUUUGUCUUAUAUUCAUCAUUUCUUAAAACUCUUGUAUGUGUUUUUAUAAUAAAAAAUAAAAGCAAGCCAUACACACUGUU